AUGGUUGGAGAGAGUGGUGCAGGGAAAACAGAGAGUACGAAGCUAUUGUUGCAGCACAUAAUGAACCUCUGCAAAGGCAACCUGCAGCUGGAGCAGCAGAUCCUUCAGGUAAAUCCAUUGCUUGAAGCUUUUGGCAACGCCCAGACUGUGAUGAAUGACAACAGCAGCCGCUUUGGAAAAUACAUACAGCUGCGUUUCCAUAAGAAUACAGUGCGAGGUGCGAAGCUGAGUGAGUACCUGUUGGAGAAGUCACGGGUAGUGCAACAAGAUAUCAGGGAGAGAAAUUUCCAUAUCUUCUACUACAUGUUUGCUGGACUGUCUACAGAGGAGAAGGAGAUGUAUGGGCUAUUGGAUCCCUCAUUCUACAGGUACCUAAGUGGAUGGUUUGGUACACAGGAUGUAGUUCAGCACUGGAAGCACAAAUACCAAGAGGUGUGCAAUGCCCUUGACAUGGUGGGAUUCCAAGAACAGGAGCAAGUGGACAUGCAGACUAUCUUGGCUGGUGUGCUGUCUCUGGGCAAUGUGACCUUUGAGCCUGAGGAGAGCAAUGGGUCUGUAAAAGUGAGUGGAGCCUCCCAGGGAUGGCUGAAGGCUGCAGCGGGUCAGUUUGGAGUCCAAGAAGAUGAACUGCUAAAAUGCCUUGUUUGCACAAUGUCGGUGACACGAGGUGAGCAGAUCCAGCGUUUUCACACCCAGCAGCAAGCAGAAGAUGCUCGGGACUCCAUUGCAAAGGUGGCAUAUGCCCGAGUAUUUGGCUGGAUUGUUUGCAAGAUCAAUGAACUGCUGGCUGAGAAUGUGGAUCCUGAGGUGGAACUGAGGGAGAUAGGUAUCCUGGAUAUUUUUGGGUUUGAAAACUUUUCAGUGAAUCGUUUUGAACAGCUUUGCAUAAACUUGGCCAAUGAGCAGCUGCAGCACUUCUUCAACCAUAACCUACUCCUGGCCAAGCCACUUGGGCUCCUGUCUCUUCUGGAUGAGCAGAGUGCAUUUCCUCAGGCAACUGAUAAGACAUUUGUGGAUAAAUUAAACAGCAGCUUCAAGGGGAAUUUACACUUUGAGCCAGGCCGAGGCCAUGUUUUGAGCUUCAGCAUCCUCCACUAUGCUGGAAAAGUGCAAUAUACAGCUGGAGGCUUUCUGGAGAAGAACAGAGACACCUUGCCAGCCAAUAUCCGUGGGCUCUUCAUUAAUAGCAUCACCCCCCUGCUCAGUAUGCUGUUCACAGCCACUGUCUCCAGAACAGGGACACUGAUGCCUUAUGUGAAAGCCAAGGUCGUACCAGGAGCAGCUGGCAAGUUCAAUAGCACACGGAAACAGUCUGCUGGAGCUCAGUUCCGCCAUUCCCUGAUGGUGCUCAUGGAGAGGCUGUAUUCUGCCAACCCACACUUCGUGCGCUGUAUAAAGCCCAACAGCCAGAAGGAGCCAGGUGUGGUGGACAACCAGGUGGUACUGCUGCAGUCCACUCCGUUUGAUAACUUGGACCCUUCUGCACCUCGCCCUGUUCUGGGAACAAAAGAGCCAACUGGGGAAGAGACAAAAAUAAGUAAUCACAAGAGAGGAGCAACUCUCCGCUGGUUCAAAGAGACACAGGCUGAGAAGGUCAUGCAGAACGAUGGGGCCUUUCCAAGCUGGCUGCAUGGGAUGAUCAGUCGGAGGGAAGCUGAAAACUUGCUGGUUGACAAGCCUUUGGGUUGCUUCCUAGUUCGGAUCAGCCAGAGUCGACCAGGCUACACCUUGACAUACAGGGGCAAAGGCCGCUGCAGACACUACAUGAUCCAGGUGCAGUCCAACGCACGCUACGUCAUCCUGGGGGAAGACCGGGCUCACACCUCGCUCACCGAGCUGGUUCGGUAUCACCAGGCUGUGGGCAUCCAGCCCUUCAUGGAGACACUGACUGUGCCCUGUGGGCAGAAAAGUGGUGAGAGUUUGGAUCCAGAAAAUCUGGAGUGCCUUAAGCAGGGUCUGUCAGCUGCCAACGGGGGGUCCUCUCCAGAGGACCAGCCCUGCCCCUCCAGGCCUUCCACCAACAAACCUGCUCCGCAGCAAGGAGCAGCCUCGGUUCUCAUGCACUUGCAUUUGGCCAUCAUCUUUGAUGUAGACUUGAGGUUUAGGAACGUGAACCUGCAACCCAAGGACCAGUAUGGCUUGUGA